AUGCAGACAAUUCUAACCAAGAAGAGAAAUUACUUUCAACUUCUUCAAGGGCCGUUUCAGCUUUCGUUGAUAAGUGUGCUCCAAUACGAACCCUUCUCCAUUCCAAUGUCCCAUUCUAUCAGAGUCGCCGUCAUCGGCGCCGGUAUCGCCGGCCUCGCCGCCGCCCGGGAGCUCCGCCGCGAGGGCCUCGAGGUGGUAGUGUUCGAGAAAAGCCAUCAGCUCGGAGGCACCUGGUGCUACGACCCGCGGAUCGAAUCCGAUCCUAUCGGAUCGGACCCGAACCGGGAUGUGGUGCACACGAGCCUUUACCGCUCUCUCCGCACUAACCUGCCGAGGCAGCUCAUGGCCUUUCUCGACUACCCGUUUCCGGACCGUCCGGAUGGAGACGCGAGGGCUUUUCCGGGUCAUGAGGAGGUGCUGUGGUUUCUGAACAAGUUCGCGGACGAGUUCGGGCUUCGCGGGUUGACCCGGUUCGGAUGCGAGGUUGUUCGGGUAGAGCGAGUUGCGGGGAGGAUUGAUUCGUGGGUGGUUGAGUCACGGACUGGUGACUCCGUUUUGAGUCGGGAGAUUUUUGAAGCGGUUGUUGUUUGCUCUGGACACUUCACUGAACCCAGGGUGCCAACGAUUCCCGGAAUUGAAAAGUGGCCAGGAUACCAAAUACAUAGUCACAAUUACCGAGUUCCAGAACCUUUUCGGGGUCAGACCGUGGUUGUCAUUGGAUUUGCAUCUAGUGCCUUUGACAUCUCAAGAGACAUUGCCCAAGUAGCUAAGGAGGUUCAUAUAGCAACUAGAAGUCCAGAUGUAAAGGUUAUGAAGUUAGCAAAUCAUGAUAACAUGUGGCAGCAUAAAAUGGUAAAAUGUGUAUCUGAAGAUAGGUCGGUUGCUUUUGACGAUGGAUCCUCUGUGCAUGCAGAUGUCAUACUCUACUGCACCGGAUACAAGCAUCACUAUCCAUUUCUUGAAACAAAUGGAAUGGUAACCAUUGAGGAUAAUCGUGUUGGCCCAUUAUACAAGCAUGUCUUUCCACCUGCACUGGCUCCUUGGCUCUCUUUCAUUGGUAUACCUGAAAGGGAUAUCAUCUUUCAAAUGUCGGAGUUGCAAUGCAAGUGGGUAGCACGUGUUUUAUCUGGUAAAGUUCUGUUACCAACUGAAAAGGAGAUGAUGGCUUAUGUUGAGGAAUACUAUCAACAACUGGAAAAAGAUGGAUUUCCCAAACACAUGACUCAUUACUUGCAUUUCAAAGAGGUUGGUUAUUGCAAUUGGUUAGUUGCUGAAGCAGGUUUGCCUCCUAUAGAGAACUGGAGAGAGGAAAUGUAUUUAGAGAGCAUCAAACCAUUAUACCUCGGCAUGGCAGAUAAUUACAGAGAUGAAUGGGAUGAUGCUCACUGGAACGCAAUCAUAAAAGAUGCAUCUCUUGCACAAUGA